AUGAAAUUCUCCAACAUCAUUGCAGUUCUUUCUGCAUCAAUUGCAUCAGUUUCAGCCUACCAAACCACAGGAAAGGAGACGGUUGACAUUUUGGUUGACUACAGCAUUAAAGAAACCCCAGAAGUGACAAAGAAUGACGUGGCCAGUUGGACCAAUGGGGAAGAGAUUACCAUUCAAUACACCCUAAGCAAUAAUGAAGAGACUGAGAUUUCCAUUAUUGGUGUCACUGGUCAAUUCUUGAACCCAGUCACUAAAGAGGCUGUGACAAACUUGACUCAAGGAAGAAUUGGACCCGUUCAAGUUGCUGCUGGUCAAUCAGCAAGAUUUGAACAAACCGUCGCGGUCAAUUUGGUUCCAAAUAACUAUGAAUUGGUGCCACAAGUCUUUAUUGUCCAAGGUGAAUUAGUCAAGGUUAUUCCCUGUCGUGGUCAGUUGGCUUCUGUUCUUGAUAAAGCCAUUUCUUUUUUCGAUCCAAGAUUGAUCUUUUUGGAAGUCGUCUUGUUGGCAUCUUUUGCUGGUUUGCUCUACUUGGCUUAUCAGAUCUGGGGCAAGAACUAUAUUCAAGGAACAGCACCCGUCGUUAAGACUAAAAAGAGUGUCAAAUCGCCUUCUCCUGUUGCCACUUCUUCCUCAGCUGGCUCAUCAACUGGAGCUGGAUACGAUGUUAAUUGGCUUCCAGAAGGUCACUUGAAGCAGAAGAAGACCAAGAAGGUAGCAUGA